GAGUGUGUUUUCUGUUGUGCGGCUGGAGUACAUUUCAGAAAACAUUAGUGAGCUUUCUUCGUAAUCCAAGAAGUAGAGAGGAAGGUGCCGAUUUACCGUUUUAUUCUGCACUAUGCAGACACUACUUGUUGUGUUUUUAUUUCUUCUGAUACCUGCUUCAGCACUAGCAAAGACAAACGAUGACGAGGAUUGGGUUAAACUACCCAAUAAAUGUGAAGUGUGCAAGUACGUCACAGUCGAAAUGAAAUCUGCAUUUGAAGAAACAGGAAAAACCAAAGAAGUGAUUGACACAAAGUAUGACUACAUGGAGGAAAAAAAAGGGAUUCCGAUAAAAUAUGUCAAAUCUGAUAUCAGAUUCAUAGAAGUAAUGGAGACAAUUUGUCAGAGGCUCAUGCAUUAUAAUUUACACAAAGAAAGAACAGGAAGCAAUCGAUUUGCAAAGGGAAUGGCGGAGACCUUCCAGACGUUACACAAUUUAGUGCACAAGGGAGUGAAGGUGGUGAUGGACAUCCCAUAUGAACUGUGGAACGAGACGUCUGCAGAGGUAGCAGACCUGAAGAAGCAGUGUGAUGUGAUGGUGGAGAAGUAUGAAGAUGUCAUUGAAGACUGGUAUAGGAAACAUCAGGAUGAGGAUCUCACCACUUACCUGUGUGAAAAGCAUGUACUGAAGGGGGAAAACCAAGAGUGCUUGAAAGAAGUUUGGACUGCGAAAAAAGGGGAAACAGCAGCUAUUGAUGAAAAGAAGAAAAAGAAAAAGAAGGAAGGAACAAAUAAUGGCAAGGAGAAAAACAAAAAGAAGAGCAAGGGAAGGAAAAAGAAGAUGAAUGAACUGGAGACUGAAAGAAGGGACAGAGCAGAGGAUUUUACAUCUGACGAAGAAAUCCAGAAAAAGGUCCCCAUCACCCAUGAUAAAAGUGAUCUGUGAGAAAGACGCAAGGACCCAACGUGGACUGGCUUCCUAAUACAGUACCAGGCAAAAUGUGCACCACUUUUCACAAUGGGAUAAAGACCAGUUAAUCUGUGUGAUUCAGGUUUGACAUUGCUUUCAAGAAAAGUGAUGCACAUUUUUACUGUAUGAAAAUGUCUUAUGAGUUAUACAGAGAUUCCAGUGUUCCAAGUGAAGUAGUUGGAAGGAAGGAUUGAAAUUAUCUGUAUCAGUUUCCAUAGUCCAGUCUGAGUGCCACUCAAUACAAUUGGAGGGAAUUGAUUCUCUUAUCUGUAGAGGGGUCUGUGUGCAGUUGAGAUGUAAAGCUAUAUAUCUAAUUGAUCCCACGACAUCUUGGCAUAAACCAUUGUUCAGGUAUCAAAACCAGACAUUAACAACUCAUAAACCUGUUUCUUUAAUAAUCUUUUUUCUUAAUAUAAUUUUGGGUAAAUUUGCCAUUGGAAAAUAAAACCUUUUGUAAAUCAGUGGAAGUCAAACUAACCCUCUGAUUACACAAUGUAACACAAUUUUUGUUCCUGGGUAGUAAGUGUUAUUUCCUAAUUGUUUAUGCCUCAAAAGUAUAGAAA